AUGGUUGAUGCAUACCCUGCUGAUUUCUCUAAAGACGUUGCACAGGCAGCCGAAGACGAAGUGGAUAUUGAUAUUGCAGCAGCGUUUAAGGCAUUCACAGAUCCAGCGGUGUAUAACCAGCCGAUCAAAGAGGAUGUGAAAACCGAUCCGACUCUCUCUACCACGAAGGUGGGCCGCAUGCAGAAGUUGUCAAAACUUGAGCUCAACGAACAGCAGUCCAGAACCCUUGUUCUGACCAAUGUGGCAGUCUCUACAACCCGCAAAACCCUCGAGCAGACGUUCUUGGUCCUAAUCAAGAACCUCACUGGGCAGACGAUAACCAUUGUGCACCCUAGUACGCGGCAUGACUACGCAGCCAUAGAUGCCAUAGAGUCGACCACACCCCUGGUGCAGGUGGAUCCAAUCCGCUUCCCUUCUAUCGAGGUCGUCUACUACAGAGGCAUUGAAGUAGACGACCCGUCUAAGGUGGCUACUUGCCUCGAUAAGAAGCUCAUAGCUAUCAGUGGCGGCGGGAGCAAGGCACAGGGAGCGACCAAAUUAGCACUGGUACGAUUCACAAAUGAUACCCUAAUAGAUCUCAUCAUCACACAUUUUUCUGGGCGUAUCAAGAUCGAUGGCCGUCAUAUCUUCAUGUACCCAGGGAAGCUGGAGCACGCCGAGCUCAAGCAACCCCAAAGCAUCUUUAUAAGCGGCCUGACAGACAAGAAGAUGGACAUAGAGCUGUUGCUGGAUUACUUGGAGAAGAAGUACAAGUUCAUUCUUACCAAUUUGCGUAUUUUUAAGGCGGAGGGCACAUCUGAACGGCGUAGCUUUUGCAUAGUUGAGCUGGACAAAUCCUGCUGGCCUUUAGACAAUCGAAUAUGGCUUACGGAAGACACCAUUCCCGACACGGAGGUAACCUUCAAGAUUAUGAAGUGCGUGAGUGAGAAGAAGGCUCAGAAGCGCAAGGAGAAGAGCAUUCGUAGCGAGAAAUUCAGACAAUCACGCAUGGGCCAGAAUCAAUUCAUAGAUCGGCAACAACGGGACGGUCCUGCAAUUCUGCGAACAAUGCAAAACAAGUAUCGCGACCAGACUGAAAGGGCACAGCGUUCUCGCGAAGAUGAGCGAGCAGCACGGAGUACGUUCAAUUCCACUGGCCCAGCCAGAUCCGUAAGGCCUGUAGAGAUGAAGGCUCCGCGGGACCCUUCAAAAAAGCCCAGGUGGACCCCAGAGCAGCGCAGUGCAAGAGCUGCCACAUCUGGCAAUGCUGGCCGAGCGUAG